AUGUUGUCCGAUCUUCCUUCAGAGAUAAUAUACCAUAUUGCAACAUAUCUCCCAACAGCCAAUGCAUUAGCCCAUCUGUCCCAGACAUGCCGUCGACUGAACGAGAUUAUUUCCGCCGAAGACUCGAGAAUCUUCCGGGCUUUUGUUCAAAGCAGAUUUCCAGCUGUCAAGACACCUCCAUGUUGGAAAGAUGCAGCGCAAGCCUUGACUUCCCGGUCCCGGGCUCUGGACCGAAAAGCCAUCAUCGGCCGAUUUGUUGUGCCAUCAGAGACUGCGAUCAAGAUUGGUUGUCAUGAUGUCUCACGGUCUGAUAAUCCGACUCUCGGAUACCGGCCUGUGAUUGACUCAUAUGAAAUCUGGAAUGGGAAAGGCUGGGCAGAUAGGAAAGAGGUGCUUGCCUGGGGUGCGGCCAACCAGCUGGUGAUGCGGAUCAAGCAAACUGGUGUUCAUCCUCAAGAGAAGUGGAUCAUGUUCAAUGAUGUUGAGGAAGUCAGCAGCUAUGAUGAUAUCUCUUCUCUGCAUCUCCUAUCUUCGAAACCCGAAUACAGCUAUGAGACCGACGUCGAGCAUCUGAUCUUUGGCCGAAUCCGAGGUGACAUUGUUCACAUUACAAUUUCACCGAACGAUGCCACCCACAGCUACAAGAAAAGGUUCCUGACAUAUGGACUCAAGCUCGACAACACAGAUCUAAGUGACGAUCCAGACCCUGUGCUGGGGGCACAUUUUGACAACGGAUCCAUUGCCCUCUACCACACAUUAACAGACAAAGAGGAAGUCGAGCCAUUCACAUGGCUGCGCACAGAGGGCCCCCUACGAAACAAGUACUCAAAACUGCUAUCCCAAUCCCUCGUCGCAGUAUCAACAGGCGACGUGAAAGACUCUCUAUGCAUCUCCAAGGUCACACCAAGCGGCAUUUCCCCCUACCGAACAAUCAGCAUCGACAAUCUAGAUUCCGAUUUCAAAGCCCUGACCAGAAAAGCCAACAUCGGCGCCAUCGAACCUCUCAACACCCACCCCCUAGCCGGUCCCCCAGGAGAAGUCUUCCUAGCCGCAUGGGAUGACUACACAGUCCGACUACACGACCUCCGCUCUCCGAGCCCCUACGAAGUCGCCUACAAAGAUAUAACCGACCUCAACCCAAUAUACAGUCUCCACACAUUCGGACACAACCACUUCCUUGCCGGCGCCGGCGGCGACGCUGUCGUGAAGAUAUUCGACAUGCGCAUGUGCAACCCGUACAGCUAUCUCGACGCGCAAGUCCCCAGCUCAUCGCAAAGACAUCUCACCAACGACACAGCUCCAACAAACAAAAGCAACCCCACCUCCCCCUCCCAUCUCCAAAAAGACUUCUCAGUCUUCCUCUCUAACCCAGCGCCACUCCCACCAACCCAGCCAAACCCCCGCCGCCGCCGUCUCCCCUACCGCGGCCCAAUCUACACAAUGUCAACUCCCUCCCCCUCUUCCCCGACAAUCUACACCGGCAUCGUCGAUGGAAUCGUACGCUUGGAUUUCGCUUCAACGGAUGACAUGACUGGUCCCCGGAAAGGGUGGUACGAAGAUAAUCUCUGUCUGGAUCUCAAUACCGGACCAGGGCCGUCAGCGGAUGUUAGUAGAGAUGCAAUUGACCUGGCGGGGUAUGAGCGUCCCAAUGGGGAUGAUGUGGGCACUACGACUGUUACGUCGAAGUUGAGGAAUCAGCGGGCAUUUUGGGAUAUUCCGCUAUCUAAUGGAGAGGAGGGUGAUGGGGAUGGUUGGGAUUCGAGGUGGGAGCCUUUGGAGGAGGCUGGGGCUUGGAGGAGGAGGAAUUGA